AUGGAAAAUAGUACAAAUGAAGAUUCUAAACAUAGUGAUAAAAUUGAAUUUAAGAAGCCUGUGUUGUUCGGACGGGUAGGAAAACUGCCGAAGAAGGCUAAGUCUGAAAUUGAGAAUGUGUCUCAGGUUAAUAAUGAAGAAAAUGAACGAAACAAAAGUGAACCCGAACCCGAUAAGCCUAAGAGCGCGUUGCCACCCGCUGUUCUUUUGAAAGAACUAUCUACUCCCAUUCCUUAUAAAGAACCGAAGUGGUCAGGACUUCCUCCAGAUGGUACGGAAUAUGGCUUGGAAGUAUUGAAAUCAGGAAUGAUAGUGGAAAAAGUUGAUUUGACACAAAAACCAUAUUUUGUCUUCGGUAGACUGGCCAACUGUGAUGUGAUAAUGGCUCAUCCUACAAUAUCAAGGCAUCACGCAGUCCUGCAAUACAAAGCGUUUGCAGAGGAAAACGAACCGGCCUCCGGCUGGUAUCUCCACGAUCUCGGAAGCACGCACGGCACUUUUCUAAACAGGGACAAGUUGAAACCUCAAACUUUCGUACGAGUUAGAGUCGGACAUCAGAUUAAGUUCGGAACAAGCACACGGACGUAUAUUAUGCUGGGUCCAGACUACGACUGCGAGGGCGAAUCGGAACUAACGGUAACGGAGAUAAAGCGAAGAGCGCAGCAGAUGAAAGAAGAACGAGACAGAAUGAUACAAGAAGCUAAGGAGCAGAGGGAGAGGGAGCGGUUGGAGGAGGAAAAGAGACGGGAUGAGCAGGGGAUCGAUUGGGGAAUGGGCGAAGAUGCCGACGAGGAAACGGAUCUAGCUGACAAUCCGUACGCGGUGACCACCAACGAGGAUCUGUACCUGGAUGACCCAAAGAAGACCUUGCGAGGGUACUUUGAGAGGGAGGGCCACGAGUUGAACUAUGAUUGCGACGAGAGGGGCAUUGGACAGUUCAUUUGUAGAGUCGAGCUACCAAUAGACGAUCCACACGGUAGACCGGUUAUAGCUGAAGUGAUACACAAGGGGAAGAAAAAGGAAGCGGUGGUUGCGUGUGCGCUGGAGGCCUGCAGGAUCCUGGACAGAGCCGGGGUGCUGAGGCAAGCUAAGCAUGAAUCGCGUAGAAGGAAGCAGCGCGACUGGAGCGCGGACGACUACUACGACUCGGACGAGGACACCUUCCUCGACCGGACCGGCAGCGUGGAGAGGAAGAGGAGACUGAGGAUGGAGAGGCACGGCGCGGCGGAGGGGAGCGGCGAGAGGCCGCUCACGUAUGAGGAGCUGCUGAAACAAAUAACAGACAUAGAAGCGAAGAUACAAACCGAGGAAGAACUGCUUGACCGUCUCCGCUCGACAAACAAACAGACAGACAGCGGGGGCGGCGAGGUGGACGCUCUAGACGCGUUUAUGGAUAGCCUCGGCAAGCAGAGCAUGGCGCAGAAAGCUGAGAUAUCUAAGACUAAGAUGAGUAUCCAAAAGCUUAAGGCGCAGUUGAACAAGACGCACAGGCUGGCCGACCUCGCGCGGCCUGCGCACGCGCCGCCCUUGAUCAAGAAAGACACGAAAGUUGUUAAACAGAAUAACUCUGUUGUUUAUGGCAAGAGAAUAAAACUUAAAGAAGAUAUCGAGAAGAAAACCAAGGUAAGAGAAGAAAAGAAACAAGAAGAUACAGAAUUUGUGGAAGAAAUGGAUUCCGAUGAUGGCAGUGAAAACAUAAAGAAACCUAAAGAAUUGUCAGAAAGAAUAUCAGACAGUGACAUCAAAGAAGAUAAUUCCUUAUCUGAAAGUAUAGAUUCUAAAACUAAUAAUGAACCUUCUGAAUUUGAAGAUAAAGAAGAUUCUAGAGAAGAAGAGAGUAAAGAAAGUAAUAAAGAAGCAAGAAUAUUUGGACCAAUGCGACCUCCAGAGAACUAUGUUAUACCAGAUAGUUAUUUUGACCAAGAGUCGGAUAGAGAUCUGCCGGAAAUUGAAGAAAAAGAAUGAAAUAAAUGGUUCUUUGGAA